AGCAGGAGAACUUUGUGAUAAUCCAAAUUAAACGAGUGAAUCUGUGCUGUAGAUCUGCCAAAUGGAUAAGAGGAAGAAAGGAUCUCCUACAGAAUUAAGGCUUAUGGUGGUUGGCAGCAGUGGACCUUCGCAGUUCCUACUAACAAAUCACAUACUUGGGAGGAAAGAGUUUGCGAAGAAUAUCUCCUGCAUUUCCGGCAGCAGGAAGACUACCGGAGAGCUAGCUGGUAGACGGGUGGCUGUGAUCAAUGGACCAAACUUCUACGACAAGGGUAUAUCCCAAGUCAAGAGGAAAAUGGAGUUGAGGAGGUCCAAGUGCUUGUGUAUUCCUGGUCCCCAUGUCUUUCUUGUCACCUUUGACAUGGAGAAAAUAUCCCUGAAUGAAUUGAGAACCCCCAAACUAAUGAAGGAACGCUUUGGAAGACACUGUCUGAGGCACUGCAUGGUGAUCCUGGCCUAUGAGGGAAACCUUGAGGGAGCUGCCCUGGAAGACCGGGUGCAGAAGACUGACUGGCCCCUGAAAGAAUUGAUCGAGCAGUACGGUGGACGCUUUCAUGUUUUCAGCAAGAACCGGAGAUAUCGCAGCCGAGACAGAGAGCUGCUGCAGAAGAUAGAGAGAAUGGUGGCCUCCUUAGGAGGGGUCUGCUUCUCCAGCAGAACCUUCCUGAAGGCAGAGGACUGCGUGGAAAAGGAGGUGAAGAAGCUCGAGAAGCAGAGGAUGGGAGAGAUAGAGAAGGCGUGGACUGAGAUGGAGAAAAAAUACAUAGCGGAGGAUUUGUGUCACCAGAAGGAUACCUACACCGCCAAUGUUGGCGCAGAGAUCCGAGCCAAGGCGGAGAUGGACAACGGAUGGCUCAGAACCUCCCUGGCAAGAGGAGUGGGUACGGGUUUUGUUGUGGGAGCUGUCAUGGGUGCAUUGUUUGGGUGCAUAGAGGGGCCAGGGGGGAUGGUUCUUUAUGGGAUCAUAGGUGGUGCAGUAGGUGGAUCAGCAGGAGGAACAGCCCAGGUAGCUAUAGAGCAUAUGGAGGACAGAGUGGCCCCUCCUGCCAGACUCAACUUUAACUCAAUCUUCAUCAACCGCUUCUUUGCUACUCCUCGUCCAUGA